AUGGUGGAGGCACUAAAGCAUGGUUCCUAUAACAUCAACAAUUUGAAUAGAUUCUUCAAAGAAUUCAUCAAAAAUGAUAUCACCUAUUAUAAUAAAAGCGUUUCCGUAGGGGGAAACACACGAGUGAAUAAUUUAACCCAAAGUUUUUUAAACAUACAAGAUGAGCAGAUGACCAACGGAGAGUUUGCAAAUAUUGGCAACGUGCAAGGGGAGGAUCCUCUGAACAGCCAAGCGAAUGGUUCUGUAGAUGAUUUGAAGAAGAAAAAGGGAAGCACAGCUUCUACAAUUAUGAAUGAGGGUAGGUCAAAUGAAAAAAAGAACAACAAAAUGGACUCAGAGGAAAAAAAGAAAAAAAAAAAAUCCAAGAAAGGGGAAGGAGAAGAAAUUGUAAGUAACUCCUUGGGAGAACAUCUCCCAGGUAAUAAUACACCCUUUCUAAAUAAGAACUACGGGAAAAAUGCCUCAAACAAAAUAAACGAAAUUGCAGAUAAUGUAAUCGAUGUGAACACAGACAUGAGCAACCUAAACCACAGCAUCAUAGACGACUGGGUGCAAUACGGAUUCAUGAAUUACAGAAAAAUUAUGAACAGUAUGAAAAUUAGUUGCGAUGUGAUAGAUAGUAAAAUAAAUCAAAAAAUGUUAAUUAUAUUAAAAGAUAGCUACUUGAAGGAACAAGAAAAUUUGAUAGAUGCAAUGAAGAAAAAAAAAAAUGAUUUCCUAAAACAAGUAGACCUAUGUAAAAUUUAUUGGAAAUAUUUCGAAAAUAGUUAUUCAAAUUCAGAAAAAAUCAGAUCAGAUGGAAUUAAAGAUAGCAAGAAGAUAAAAUGCUCAUGGUUAUGUCAAAGGAAAUAUAUAAAAAAUGUGAAAGACUUACUAAAAAUACAAAAUGAAUACUUAGAUAUAAUUAAUUCUAGCGUGAAAACCUUCUUCCAAUUAAUCGAAUGGAAAAAAAACACAAUUAGGGAUAUCCUUUGCUUUCUAUAUAAAAGCUUUUUAAAUUUUUACUUAAAUAAUAUGAAUAUAUUAUAUGAUUCUAUUUUGCUUGAAAAAAAUAUAGAUGCAACUCAGUUCCAGAAUCUAUCCUCUGUAACCAUCAUAGAUGAUGACGAUUUAAUUAAAGAGGUAUCUCCCUUUCAGCUAAACGACAAUUGUGAUGCCAUUCCACAGUUAAACAAAGCAUUAAGCUUAAUAAAAUCUUCGAUCAUUUUUUAUAAUCAUGAAAUUAACGUCAAAUCGAUACUCUGCAUUUUCAGUUCUAAAAUCAGUGGGUACCUUACCAGUGUGGGGUUCUUCAACAAAUGCCUAGAUGGGGUAAUUGUUAUCACGUGGGAUAAGUUUAUUCACUUUUUUUCCGACGUGGAGGAUGCCGCCCCACAAUGGUCCUACUACAUGGAAGACAUCGAAUUUAAGCUAGUCAAGUGUAAAGCGGAUUCUAAAAGGAACUCCCUCGAUAACGAUAAAAGAGAAUCUGACGGCGUCACUGAAGGGGUGGCUGCGGCGGAGGGGGAGGUCGAGGGAAGUGCUACGACUGAUGUGGUGGUCACCACCCCAAAGCAACACUCCAGGAGUAACACUCCUAGUAACCAACAACAAAGUAAGAAUUCGAACCAAUCAAAAGGUAAGAAGGGGAAAGAGAAAACGAAAACAGGAGGAAAGGACACGUCGUCUGUGUUCUCCGGAGCAGACACACCGGAAGGAGAUACCUCCACAAAUAGUGGAAAUCCUGAUAUAGGUCUAAACACCUCGAAGAGAGAAAUUUCGGACAACUGUUCCGCCACCCCAUCUACCAUUAAUGACGAAAAUGAUGUAGAAAUUCAAAUGAAAGAAAAAAAAAACGCUACUCAUCAGUGGAUGGUCCUUUACCUUCAAAUGUCCAACCUUGUAUCUAACAAAUGUCU